CACACAGUAACUAACAAGCCAAGCUACUUGAGAGUUAAUUUCCUUCAGGUAGCAAUGGAAUUAGAUUAUUUUUUGGAUUUCGAGGACUAUUUUCCUUCCAUGAUUGCACGCUUGGGAGCAGAAGGGUUCAUUGGAGAACUUUGCCAUGGGUUUCGUUUGCUCAUGGAUGUGAACAAGGGUCUUAUCACGUUUGAGAGCUUGAAGAUGAAUUGUCACUUGCUGGGUUUGGAUGUGAGGGAUGAUGAACUUGUUUGCAUGCUAAUGGAAGGUGAUUUGGAUGGAGAUGGUGCUCUAAGCCAAAUGGAGUUUUGCAUUCUCAUGUUUAGGUUGAGUCCAUGUUUGAUGGAUGCACCUAAAAUGCACACUCAAGGGUCAGAUCCCAUGCUAAUGAUGUAAUGUAAAAUCUUAUCUUUUAUUAUUCUCUAACUGUGACCUCUACCUUUCUUCUCUUAUUCACUUGCUUGACUUUUAAUUUCCUCCGUCUAGCUAAGGGAAUUCUGAGAAAAAUUAAUGUUGUUGUAAUGUAACCCUUAAAUCUUAGCAAUUUAAUGU